AAUUUUCAGAGUUUACCAUCAAAUCUGCAGUAUCACCGAACCGUAGUUAAAAUGAGUGAACAAAAACCCGUACAGCAGAAAAUUUCGCUAAUAUCGUCUGAUAAUGAGACAUUUGAAGUGGAUCGAAAUGUGAUCCGAUUAUCAACCACGAUCAACACAAUGCUUCAGGAUUUGGGAAUGGAUAAUCAAGACGGCGGGGAUAUUGAUAUGGUUGAGGGUAUUCCAUUACAAAGCGUUAAUUCAGCUAUCCUCAAAAAGGUUAUUCACUGGUGCGAUUAUCACAAAGAUGAUCCAAUUCCGCCGGAAGACAAUGAUAACAAGGAGAAGCGUACUGAUGAUAUUUCAUCGUGGGAUGUUGAAUUUCUUAAGGUGGAUCAAGGCACAUUGUUCGAGCUCAUUCUGGCAGCGAAUUACUUGGACAUAAAGGGAUUGCUCGAUGUAACGUGCAAGACGGUGGCUAAUAUGAUUAAGGGCAAGUCACCGGAAGAAAUUCGAAGGACUUUUAACAUUAAGAAUGAUUUCACUCCGGAAGAAGAGGAACAGAUUCGAAAGGAAAAUGCAUGGUGCGAAGAUUGAGCUCAUCUGAUUCUAGUGGUCACCAAAAAUGAUGCGCAAUUGUGGAGCCCAAAUGUUCAGUUUUCUUUUCUUGAAUGUAAAAAUUUCAUUUCAACGAUAUUCUUUGUUUUAACAUUAGCUGUAAGGUGUGACAGUUAUAUUUCGCCCUAGUUUUUUAAUUUCUUUGCAAAUUAAUGCUUGAGCUUAUAUCAUACUCUUCAAUUUCUUCUAAUGCUUUCUUCCCAAAAACGGCAAAAAGCUGAUUUGAACAAUGAAUGAAUGUUUUGUCACAUGUGCUAUAUGCAGUUUGUUUCUUUUAUGUUUUCAAUGGUACUAUCGCAAUCUGAAUCGGUAUAGUUGUUGCAAAGAAUAUUUUUUCCCCUAAUUAUUGUAUUGGAAACACAAAUUCUAUAUAAAAUGCAUUCUGUAUACUGUUGCAUAUUUGGUCGAGAUUUUUUGGGAUGAGAGAG